GACUUUUCUUGCUCCGGAGUUGGCAGCACUGUGCUAAACUCAAACUUUAGUCGAUUCCAGGGUUUGAAGCCAUGGCAGAUGCCACGACGGUUGGCAGGAUUAGGGGUCAUUUUGUGGAGAGGUCAUCCAGAGAGCUGAUAAAUCAACUCCUGGAUGACCUUUACGCGGACGGCGUCCUGAACGAAGGGGAGAAAGACUCCAUCCUUGAGGUGAACAAGAGCCGAGCAGACAAGGCMCGAGGGCUCGUCGACUCGGUGAAGAAGAAAGGAAACGCAGCCAGCGCCAAGCUGAUCCAACACCUCCAGAGGAGAGAUCCCAUGCUCUCCUCCGAGCUGGGUUUAUAGUCAGCCCCAGUGAUCCUGGAGGAAUGAGAUUUGAUUCAUCCUGACUGCCGAGGCUGUGUGGAGAGAAGAAAACCAACAGCUGAGAUCUUCARCAUCACUUAUACUGCAAUUUUAUUCAAAGCCACAGUGUAUCAUCAUGUCUGAAAUGUAAUAAUUGUACGAGACAUAAGUCUUUUAACAUUUAAAUGUUCUCAAAACAAAGAAAAUAAAUUUACAUGGUUUAUAGUUUUACAGAAAUGACA